AUGUCGUCAAUAAUCGAUGAUUUUCUUUAUUUGGGUUCAAUAAAUGAUGCAUGUACACCAGAAAUAUUAAAUGAACUUAAAAUAACACAUUUAGUUAAUUUAAGUAUAACUAGAAUUAUUCUUGAUCAAUCCUAUGAACUUCUUCAUUUACCUUUACAUGAUACACUUGAUGAAAAUAUUACAAUUUAUUUUCAACAAAUAAAUCAGUUUAUUUAUAAUUGUCGUCAACAAAAAGGUGGACGAUGUCUUGUCUUUUGUAAACAUGGAAGAUCACGAUCAGUUGCAAUUGUAAUUGCUUAUUUAAUUGAACAUCAUGGCCAUUCUCUUUCAUCAGCUUAUUUAUUAAUAUCAAAAAUUCGUCCAACAAUUUCACCAAAUCGAAAUUAUCUUAAACAACUAGAUAAAUAUUCUUCUCAAUCGGAACAAACUCAUUGUCCAUCUUUUUAUUCAUGA